CUGCUAGAUGGAGGAACCUACCACCACCACCACUACCUACCAACAACAACAACAAUUUAAGUUCCUCUUGACUUUAACUGCAUUUUACUUCUUUUUUUCUUCUUAGACAAAAACAGCCAUCAUGGCAUCAUCAUCAACCCCUCAAGUCAUAACCUGCAAAGCUGCAGUAGCAUGGGGAGCUGGAGAGGCAUUGGUGAUGGAGGAAGUGGAAGUCAGUCCUCCUCAACCAUUGGAGAUUAGGAUUAAGGUUGUUUCCACCUCUCUCUGUCGUAGUGAUCUUUCUGCUUGGGAAACUCAUGCCAUAUUUCCUCGCAUAUUUGGCCAUGAAGCAUCUGGGAUUGUUGAGAGUGUAGGGCUAGGAGUGACUGAAUUCAAAGAAGGCGACCAAGUGUUAACAGUUUUCAUUGGAGAAUGCAUGUCAUGCAAGCUGUGCAAAUCAGGAAAAACUAAUAUUUGUCAAGUUUUGGGAUUGGAAAGAAAGGGUUUAAUGCAUAGUGAUCAAAAGACAAGAUUUACAGUAAAAGGGAAGCCUGUUUAUCAUUAUUGCGGUGUUUCAAGUUUUAGUGAAUACACAGUUGUCCAUUCUGGAUGUGCAGUGAAAGUCAGUCCUCAUGUACCUCUUGAGAAAAUAUGCAUUCUUAGCUGUGGGGUUUCUGCAGGUCUAGGUGCAGCAUGGAAUGUUGCCGAUGUGUCAAAAGGAUCAACAGUGGUUAUAUUUGGUCUUGGAACUGUUGGCCUUUCUGUUGCACAAGGGGCAAAACUAAGGGGUGCAUCUAGAAUAAUUGGUGUUGACAACAAUCCACAGAAGUGUGAAAAUGCUAAAUCUUUUGGGAUUACAGAAGUUGUUGAUCCGAGUUUGUACAAAGAACCUAUCGCGCAGGUUAUUAAGCGCAUUACUGACGGCGGAGCAGAUUUCUGUUUUGAAUGUGCUGGUGACACUGAUAUGAUAACCACUGCCUUGCAAUCAUGCUGUGAUGGAUGGGGCUUGACUGUAACACUAGGUGUGCCAAAGGUGAAGCCUGAGAUGUCAGCUCAUUAUGGACUAUUCCUGACAGGAAGAACUUUAAAAGGAUCUUUAUUUGGAGGAUGGAAACCUAAAACUGAUCUUCCUUCAUUAGUAGAGAAGUAUGUGAACAAGGAAAUCCAGAUUGAUGACUACAUAACACACAAUUUGUCAUUUGAUGAAAUUAACAAAGCUUUCAAUCUCAUGAAAGAAGGAAAGUGUCUUCGUUGUGUUAUCCACAUGUCAAGAUAAUUCCUUUGGCUUGUUUCUUUCAUGAAAGGGGAGAAUUCUUGAAGUAGCUAAUUAGCUUUAAACUUUGGGAUUGCUAUUUGCACCCCCACUAUUUUUUGGUGCUCCAUUCCCCUUGUUAUUUUUCCAAAAUAUUUGUCUCGGAAAUUAAGAGUGUGUUUGCGAAUUGGAUUA